CGGUGCCUAUUUGUGUGCGAACCUUACGCCGAACCACCACCGACCGAGGAACGCGCGUCCGCCGCGAAUGCAUCGCGCAAGUGAAACGCAAGAGUGUAUGUUCUUUUUCCUGUUCCCUUCUUCGGUCGCCAGCGUAGUACUGCGCGGCGUCCAGUCCAGUGACGAAAGGUGAAUCUGCAUGCAACAAACAGCAUUAGCAGUCGGUAACAGUGCUAAAUUGAGUGAAAAACGUAAAAAAAACCCAAACUCGGUGGUGCUCUGAAAUUUCAAAAAAAAAGGUGCAAAGUGGAGGUUGUGUUACUUUGCGGCAAACGAGAAAUUACGCCAAGAUCGCUAAGAUACGCCAACGCAGAGAGAGGCCGUACAUGCUUAACGCGUGGCAAACAGUGCACCAAAACCGAUCGAAGCAAACAGUGCAUUUUUAUCUCUGCCACGGUUGCCAUUAUUUUUCAAGUGUUCGUCCACGUGCGGUCAGUGAGGGGCGGUGCAAACGGUGCGGCGAACAUACAUCGUUCGGCAAUUCGGGUUUGAAAAGCGCAGUGUACAGUGAGAAAAAUAUAUUUUAAUCUCCAAGCCCACGAGCUGCUACAGCUUACCAAGUGCGGAGUGCAAUAAUAGUUUUUGCGUGCAAAAAGUGCCGUUCGCGUGAAGUGGCCCGCAACUGCGUCUUAGAAGCUUGUGAGAAAAAAGAAGCUUGUGAUUAUAACGAUUGCUUAGAAUUAGCUCCCAAGUGUGUUCCUGUGACACGGCAGCAGCAAGUUUCCCGGUUCCAGGCCAGUAACUCCACCAACCCCACACAAAAAAAAAACACGAAACACGUCGUCGUAAAAUAUAUCGUCCGCUCCUGCCGCUGUACAGAGUGCCCGUUGCGGAAGAAGAUGUAGCUAGCUAGUCGGGAUGAUGGAGAACAUUUUCGACGUAUCGGAUGACAUUUCCUUCCCGUGGCUGCCGGCGUACGGCGAGGCGACGGAAGCGAACCCCCUGAACGCGACCAGCAGCCGCAUGCUGGAGACGAUCGUCGAGGAAACGUCCGACGAUGACGAUGGGCGCGGCGACAAGGACCAGGGCGGUUCGCAGCAACCGCUCAGCUGGUCCCAGUACGAUCAGGUCUGGAGUUCGGGCGGCUCGGACGCGGAGUCGGUGAUACGGGUCGAAACGCCUUCCGAUCAAGACACAAUGUCGGAGCGCGACUUCAUCUGCCCACCGAAGCGUCGGAAGCAGGAGACGGCAUCGUUCGGCGACGAGUUCCUCGCUUCCGAUCUGUCCGCCAUGUACGGGCGGCGGCCGCGCAUCUGCGAACCGGACGGGCUCGAGCCGAAUGAAUAUUUCAUGAAGCGACACAAUGAACAAAGGUUACGAUUCGACGAGAUUGGACAUGAUCUAUUUACCGACUCGGAUAGUCUGUCGUACGCGUCGCUAAGCCGCUCCUCGUCGCUGAUCCAGUUCGAAUCGCUGGAACGCCAGCUGCAGAGCGAAACAUCGGCAAACCAGCACCAUCCCCUAUCCGGCUCGUCACCGUCGCUGUACACGUCCGAGUCGAGCGGCCCGGCCAGCCAUGCAGCAGGCGGGGUGGACCCAACCGGGCGAGGAAAAUCGUUGCCACCCGCCAUCGGCGCAGGGGUGCCGGCGCUGUCGGCAGCGGUCGGCAGCAAUCUGCUAACGACGUCGAACCUCAUGCAGAAGAGUAUCGGCCAGACGGCACUCAACAUCAGCGACUCGGAGCUCUACUCGACCUCCUCCAGCGUGAGCAGCAGCUGUGGCAGCGGCCCGGACAGCAGCAGUAACGCGAGCACCAGCACGGGCAGCAGUAGUAGUAGCAGCAGUGGCUUCCGCUACACGGACACGAACCGGGCGGGUGUGGUGAAGCAGGAACAGACUGGGCGCGGUGCUGGUGGUGGUGCGACCACGCCGGAAGACGCCGGCGACACCGAGGAGGAGCUGCUGAGCGCCACCGUCCGGUGCCAUUCGGGCCGUUGCUCGGCGGAGCGGCAGCGACUGCAGCACGGCAGCCGCGGCAUUGCCGCCCGCAACAAGAACUCGAUCGAGAGCCUCAGCGAGGACAGCGGGUACUGUGAUCAUCUGCAGCACGGCGGAGGCAGCAUGAACAGUGGUCUGCGCGCACGCUCCAAAAGCUUAACCAACUUCGGUUCGGCCGAGAACAUCACGUUCGUGUGCGGCACUGCCGGUGGUGGUGCACUGUUUCCGUCAACACUGUUGCCGGCGGGAGCGCUGUCGAUGACGCAGCAGCAACACGAACAGCAGCAACCGCUCAGCCUGGACUGUACUGCGAUGGAGGUACGUGGCCAGGCCGGCACGUCGUUGUACCACGAGAACCGCCUGUCGACGGUCUGUGACGUGGAUGAGGAGGAGGAGGAGGAGGAGCAGUACGAAUCCAAGUGUGACGAUGGAUGCAGCGCGGAUGCCAACUGCAUCAUCGGCCCCUCACGAACACCGGCAACAAUCGAACAGCAGCAGCAACACCAACUGUGGACGAAUAUUAAUAAUGGUACAAAAAUAGAGCGUGGCAGCGUUUCGUGUAAACAACGGACGGGCGAAUCGCGUCAGCAGCAGGGUGGUGUGGAGUCGGCCACACGUACGGUGACAUCGAUGGCGUCGUCGUCGUCGUCGUCGUCGUCGCGUUCGGAGUGUAAAAAUAGCACCCGAUGGCGACCGGCACUGUCCCUCAGUGCGCCCGAUCUGCUCGUCGGGGCGGCGGAACGGCACCGGCGGCGACCAGGGCGAUCGGGCAGCGAGCGGACCGGCACCUCGGCAGCGUCCGGCACGGUUGGCGGCCUGUACGAUCCGAUCAGUUUUACCGUGUCCAGCGUGCCCGAGUGUUUGCAUCUGUACGGCGGUGCGGCAGCAGCGAAUCGAUCGCGCCACGGCUCGUACAGUGACGGUGACAGCGCGUCCGGUGAGUUUGGCCGGCGGCACGCGCCCAGCGGCUACGGGUACGUCGAUUCGGUCGCCAGCCAGAACGUGAAUCUGUACGAUCUGCAACCGCGGCCGGCCAAGGGCGGCAAAACGGUAACGUUCCAAACCGGCGCUGGCAGUAGCCCGGCCCGGCCGAGGCAGAACAUACGGGCGAGCUACGCCAACCUUACCGCCCUCAACUACAGCGACGAGGACGAGGAGGACGGCCCAGUGUACGGCGGGCGCCGGGGGCAUGAGUACUAUCUGAGCCGCAACACGUUCCGGACGAGCAGCGGCACAAGACUCGGCGGGGCCAGCCGCACCACGACGGCGUACCAGCCGAUUGUACCGCAGCGCACGACGACACUGCUAACCGUGCCCGAUAUGGAGCACCGACAGCCGGUGGAGAAAAUGGAUGCGGCGGUGUUGGAGGAGGAAGCGGAGGAGGAGCAGGAUCUUGCGGACGAUGAGGAAAGUGCGAUCUUCCCGGUGGAUCGGGACGAGCGGAGCGUGUUCCACUCGCUGCUGGAGGAGAUGUCGGCCCACUUUGACCGCAAUCUGUCCAUCAUCAACGAUCAGGCCGAGGCGUACGAGCCGAUCGCGGCCUUCCUGCACGAGCAGCGCACCACGGGCAGCUGUGGCGGGUCGCGACCACCUCCAGUCGUCGCGUCACCCAGCGUCGGCAAAACACCUCCGCAAGCUCCGCCGCGUCGAACGCAGAUCAAAACGAACCCACACCACGCACCGCAGCAGGCCGGCAGCAGCAGCAGUCCGGCCGUGGUCCCAGCGGCAAGGCCGGUGGCGACGAACCCCGGCGUGGCAGCGAGGCGACGAACGUUCGACCAGGACCCGACCAAUUUGGUCACCUGCUACGCCGCCAGCCUCGAGCGCUGUACGUUCGAUCCGACGGAAUCGUCCACCACCAGCCUCGGCCCGUCGGCGGCUGAUCUGCAUACUAAUGAUGGUGUUGGUGUUGCGCUACCCGCCCGCUACGUGCCAGUUCCGGUGAAGCGUGAGUUUGUGGCCAGCACACCGAACCUGCACUACUACCACGGGGCGGUGAAUGGUGCGGAGGCUGGGGAAGAGACUCGCCAUCCCGAUCAUCACAACUCGCUGCGCAAUGUUUCGACCUGCCGGUCGACGGGAAGCAUUUUGGCGACGGCGUCCAGCUCGCGCUGUGGCCUGUCCAAAGGUGUUAGCUUCUGUCCGAUUGUUUCGGAGAUUAUCUGGAAGAGCACGGGCAGCUCCGAUCUGGAGCCGGACGAUAAUGGCAGCGUCAUCUCGAACCAGGACUUUGAGAUCGAUAUCGAUGAGGAUGAUUUCGAGGCGGACGAUAUGGAUCACGUGAACUAUCAGCUGGAAACGGGUGCCGGUUUGCAGCGAAAUGGUGUGCCAGAGCGGGAGCACACGAAAAGUGAUGGGCAGCUGUACCCUUCGCCACCCCUGCAGUCUAGGAAUAAGAGUGAAGGUGAACUGUAUGCGAUGAUCCGGGAAGAGGAGGUCAGUGGUGUGCAGCAUCCAACAACGACGCUGAUCGUGAACGAUCGGCCAGAACCGACGGUGCGCCUGAACGGUGGUAGUGUUGGUGGUGCGGGUGUUGCUCCAAUGACCCCGAGUGAUAUAUCCAGUGCCGGCCAGCCGGCCCGGUUCAGUGCGAUGAGUGGCGGUGCCGGUGGUGGUGUAGUGGCGGUGGAAGAAGAGCGCAGAAAUGGCGCCGGCCCCCAGCCCAACAGUGCAAACGGCAAUGGUGCAAUGGCGAGCCGAAGCCUGAUCGCCAGUGAGAUGCGUUUAGUGAACAGUGUCGGUGACGGUGUGGGGGUCAAGGGUGGGUCCGCGGCCACGAUGCCCAACCAGUACAGUGUUAACAUGGUCAACAACAACAACAACAACAGCAGCCUGAUAAAGAACUUCAAAAAUGGCAAGGCGGAAAAGAAGGGCAAAACCUUCCUGUCCCGCAUCUCGUCCGGCUUUCGGUUUUCCUUCCGCAACAAAUCGAAGAAAGCGAUGGCUGUCGGUGGUGCUGGUGCUGGUGGUGGUGGUGGUAUGCUGAAGCAAUCGUCCAGCUUCACUGCACCGAGCAACAACAACAACAACAACAACAACCACAUCAGCGCCAAGAAUGGCCGGGGCGGCGGAUCGGCCUCGAACAGUGGGAAGGAGAACGUGUCGGCCGACUUUAUCUUCAUCCCGCUGAAGGAUCGCCGCCCGAACAGCCAGCCGAGGGCGGACGAGCCGCCCACCUAUCUGCAGCGCCAGCUAGGUGCGGCCGGCGUGACGGUGGACGACAGCUUCACCGGGGCGGAGGACGAGCCGGACGAUUGCGAGAUAGCGGUGACGCGGCCGGGCGGCAGCAGCUACUACCGAUCGGGCUCCAGCACCGCCCUGCACGGGGAGGGCAGCGGUCCGGAGCAGCACCGGGGUGGCAACCACGUGUUGAGCAGCAAGCCGCCGCUACCGAAGCAACCGCCGCGCGUUGUCGGUGUGUGUGCGAAGCGGUCCAGCGCCUCGCCGGCCAAGCACGCACAUGCGCCGCGCGGCUCGCCGACGCCACCGCCGAGGGAAGCCGAACAGGACGAGCUCGACUCGUCCGCCGUGCCGUACGGAGCCCAGCGCCGGAGCCCAUCGCAGCCGCAUCAGUACGCGACGGCGAACGGUUCGUACGGGUGUGCCUCCUCCGCGUCGUACUACCGGGACGGUCCGGACACGGUCAGCAUCGACGGCGGGUACGAGGACGAGUACUACUACGGGGCGGGCGGCGGUGCGGGGCUGGUGCACCAGCGCGGCAGCACCAUGGGCAGCGAGCAGAAGAUCGGUCUCAUCGAGACGAACCUGGACACGCACGAGACCAUCAUCUCGGGCAAGACGCGCUCGCUGAUGGAGCUGGGCGGUGGUCAGCACUAUCGGGGCGUCUACCAUCACCUGCAGCAGCAUCAGCACCAGCAGCCGCAUCACCACCACCACCAGAACCAGUCGGCGGUGCACGGCCAUCAGCUGCAGGUGCACAACGAUCCGGCCCAACCGAAUGGCGCACCGGAUCACCACAGCCAUCAUCACAGACAGCCGGGCGGUGGCGAUGGGCCCGGCCGUCCCCACAAGAGCAUGGAGUUCCUGCUGGACAAGGAGAACCAACGGAACGUUCUGCCGCCGGAAAAUGAGCUACAGAAGUCACACGAAACGGGCACCAACCUGAGCGAGCAUCAGCUGCGCGUGCAGGCCUCCCUGCAGCGGCUGAACAUCCCCGACUGGUACAAGCAAUACUCGGGCAAGGAUGGUCCGGGCAACGCGACGCCGGCCGGACCGAUCACGGCCGCCGGUACCGCCGGCGCAAGCACCGGCACCGGCGGCGGCGGCAUACUGCGCAAGCGCAACAGCGACGUCGGACGGUGGACCGGGCUGAGCUCGAAGACCACUUCGCUCAGCUCGCUCGGAUCGCACCGGUCGGACCGUAGUCCAGUGAUGCUGAGCCCCUCCGCACACAGCCACCACGGUCAGACCGGCUUCUCCCGAUGGUCCACGUCCCACCUGAACUCGAACCAGACGUCCCCGAGCGUGUCGACGCGCGGCUCGUUCACCCGGGGCGGCCUGAACGCGAGCGUCAUCUCCGGCUACUCGACCGCGUCCGCCGCGACCGGUGCGAACCACGGCAACGGCAGCAGCACGAUCCGGAACUCCUUCCGCCAGCCGUACCUGGGUUGGCGCAGCCAGGAGAAGCUGUCGCAACCGCGCACGCCCGCGGAACGAUUGGCAUCUUCACUGCUGCAACAGCAGCAAGGCUCGAGCAAACAGAAGGACCACCAGCAGCAGCAGCAACAGUCGAAUGAGCCGAAGGGCAAGCAGCAGCAGCAGCAGCAGAAGGACGAGUCCGUCGUCACGCCGGAAAUUCAAUCCUCCAUCAUAGAAGUCACGUCAGCGAUUGUACAUUAUGUAAAUGACCAAACAAAUCGACACUCACGCAGUAGAUCGACUAGUCCAAGCCAAAGAUGUUGGCUAGAAAGUUCGUUUGUUGGUACCCGGCCCCUCGAUUCCCCCCAGACGCCACUGAUCGAGAACAGUUCCGUUCUUGGAUCCGGCCACCAGCAGCAGCAGCAGCAGCAGCACCAGCAUCAACAGCAGCAGCAGCAACCGCAUACGGCCGGUGACCAUUAUCGGUUUAAUGCUGGCCGGAUGAAUGGCGUCGGGGGAGCCGGAGCGGCGGUGCCAACGUUCUCGCUACCGGCCGAGCAUCAGUCGCCCGGAUCGGCCACCCUCGAGGAUGUGCUCGCCUCGUUGCUCGGCUUGCCAGCCGAUUCACACAGGUCCUCAGCAAGUGUAGCUAAUGCCUGUCUCACGCCAACAGCGCCCAACAGCAGUAACCACACGCUGCAGAUCGAACCGAUGCAGACGCGCCGCCGAAGCGAAGGUGAUGCGGCGGGCACGCGCAAGCGCAACGAUAGCGGUGGCUCGAUGGCGAUCAGCAGCACCGCCACCACCACGACGACAACGAGCGGCAGUACCAACCAGAGCGGCCGGCACAACCACCAUCACCAACAGCAAGGGCAGCAACAACCAGCGUCCAAGGGCGAUCUGCUCGGGGCCGGACUGGACGCACGGAUCGCCCGGCGCGUGUCGCUCGACUCGGCGGAGGCGGCCGGCCACGGGCACUACCUCAAGUGCCGGUACCCGCGGUGCGACGCCACCGCCACCCUCGCCGAGGCCCGCAAAACCUUCAAGAGCUGCCACAACUGUUCCCAUCUGUACUGCUCGCGCGAGUGCCGCCGGGCGCACUGGGAGCGGCACCGGAAGGCCUGCCUGCACUCGCGGGUGUCCGCCCUGUGCCGGCUGGUGCUGUCCACGUGCAAGGACGACGCGGACACGCUCCGCCACCUGAGCGUGCUCGCGCGCCGGGGCUACUUGUCGCAGGGGCGAGGUGUUGUUAGAAUACUGUUCCGCAGCCCGGAGCGGGCCGACUCGUUCAUCAAGCAGGGCUUCCAGUGCCUGGGCGAGGUGUCGUACGUGCGCUGGCCGGACCUGCUGCCGGCCGAGAUGGGACCGGAGCUGUACUCGGAGCUGCUGAAGCUCAGCACCGAGUACAAGCCCGACUCGAAGAUGCUGCUCUACGUCGCGAUCUGCGUGGUGUCGGAGGCGCCCGGCAGCGCGACGGCCCCGGUCAAGUGGGAGCGGCAGCUGGUGUCGCGGUGCGCGAAGCUGAAGCUGUGCCGCACGGUCGUGAGCGAGAUCGCGAGCGGACCGGGGGCUGGGGAGCGGCCGGGCCCGCGCCCCGAUACGGUCGGCGAUGUGCUCGUGCUGUCGUUCAACAUCCUGUCCAAGACGACGCAGCGGGCCCGGGAGCAGGUGUCGCAGAACGUGCAGACGGUCCUGCGCCAGCGGGGCGUCAAUCUGCGCAAACACUACCCGGAGGUGUACCAGCGGCUGGCCACCUUUGUGGAGGGCAGCACCGAUCGCUUCCUGCCGGUGACGCUGCACCCCCGGGACACCGCUACCGGGCGGUCGUUCGUGUGCAUCGUCAUGCCGAACUACGGCGACACGGAGCGGGUCCAGUUUCCGGUGUCGGAAAACGGGGACGAUCGGGUCGUGACGGUGGACGUCGGGGCGGAUCUGGGGGACGAUCUUACCAGCAAGCUUUAAUGCAGGAGGGUGUGGGAAUGUUCUCUCCAGGGUGGGGAAGAAUAUGUGAGUAAAGUGUUUUUAUUUCGUUACCCAUUAACACAUACAGGUAAGAGUGCUGCCGAGGGCGCACGCAUGGUUGAAUAUUCAAUUUUAGUACACUUUUUAGUACAUCUCCUAGUAUACGUUUCUGUACACAUAGAGAAACGCAGACACACAUACAUAUCCUUAGUAUGUCCGAGAGGAGUAUGUCCAAUAUCCAGUUUAGUCCUCUACAGUGCUCCUCGUUCGUGGGAAAGCAAUAGGAGGCGUUUGGUUUAUAACGAACACUUCCAGGAUUGCAAUAUGCUAUGGUUAGUGCGUAUUAUGUUUGUUGGGCUUUGUUUACACAACGGUAGAGUAUGCAAAUGAUGCUAGAUGAGUAAGCUCUCGCUGCGUCAAACAGCUAGAAUAAAUCCCCAAUGCGCCCCUUUAGAUAGUAGAACAAAAUACCAAAAGUGAAUAGUAUUAGUACAUGGUAAUCUUCCUCUCUUUACUAAACGCCAAAUAAUAACACACCACGUACGACUUUUAUACCUGUAGCAGGAGCAUUAGGAUAUUGACAUGAACUUCUGUAGCUUAAAUGAAUAUUGCCCUCAAAGAACUACUUUAGUACACUAAUUGUACUUAACUCCAACAAAAACUCCAACUAAAUCUAAAACAAUAAUUCCCAUUUUCUUCUUCCGCUUAAGUGAGCCAUCUAAUCUGCCAAGUCUGUUUUAGCUUUGCUGUUUUUUUUUUCUUUCUAAUCGUACUUGUCUCUUGUCGUUUGUUAUGUCUCUAUUGGAGCCCUUUAUGAGCAUUACUUACUACCCUAGUUACUAAAAAAUGCUAAGGGAUAAUAGAAAUUUGAUUAAAUAAUAGUAAAAAGUACACAAAAAUAGUGUAAAUUGGACAGAUGUGGAGAGUGAAAACAAAUCAGUAUUGGGAUCAAUUUCCAAAAUGUUCAUCUACGUGUGUUCUAGUAUGAUUAGGUGAAUGGAAGUUGGAAGCAAAGAGUGUAAAGAGUAGCCAGAGUGGCAUUGUCCACCAUCUUUGGUAUUCUUUGAGCGAGCAAUAGCGAACCAAUUUAUUCAAAAUUGAUUUUUUUUUCAAUGGAGUAAUCAAUAUAUUCAAUUUUAAUUCAUUUAUACUUCUUCAAUAGAUGAGAGCGGUUCUGUAUGUUAGUUGACUCGUUUUUGGAAUACAUGGACAGCUAAGCUAUCUCUGUCAGUUUCGUUUAAGAACCUCCCAAAAGAGCGUGAAACUCUGGCACGUUUUAACGUUUCAGCAUUGCUGGAUAAGCUUUUGUUAUACUAGUGACUUUCCUUUGCUGUUUGUUAAUAUCUCAAACUUCUCCUCAUCUGCUUAUUCACAGAAUCCAUAGUCGUAAGGCGUUGGAGUCCUUUUUUCCAACAUUCUGAAAUCUACGUGCAACGAAGAAAUCAAGGUUUAAAAGUCUCUAAAAUACAUAGUCUCACUUUACUCUUUUUUAUUCUUGAUAUCUACAUUACAGCGUGGCAAUUAGGCAAGAUACUUAAGAGCUAUGUCAUUGUUCACGCCUCAGAACCUUGUUUAAAACGACAGAAGCUUGAAAAUGCCCCUGCAAAACGUAAUACAUUAAAAGGACAGCAAGAGUCGUUGUAUUAAGUUCGAGGUUCUUUCUCAUAAAAACUCUUUCAAUGUUAACUUUAGAUAUUGAAAUACAGUCUUUCCCCGAGUUACGCGACAUUCAAGUUACGUGAAUUUGAGUUACGCAAUUUUUUAAUUUUGACAGUUCAUAAGUCAAAUCAAUACAAUUUUCGCCAACUAUGGUCAAAUGCAAUAUAAUUUUAACUAUUGUUGAAUGUUUGAAAUCGCUAAAACCAUAGAAAUAAAUCUAAUCUUCUAUCUUCAUUUCUAUUUAGCGUAACGUCCUACGACGACAUGCCAUGGUCCAUUGUUGGCUUGAGCCUAUUACUCCACGACGGGCAUGUUAUUGAGUCGUUAGAGUUGCUGACUAUACCACGGAAUCACCCCUAAUCUUUGAAAGGAUUUGUAUCAAAUUUGUAUUAUAUGUGUAAUUUAGGGCUUGAAAGCACUACAUGCAAUAAAAAAUAACCAUUUGUCAACAAUAUUUUGGCUGACAAACGAUAUAUUUGAUAUACGCGAAAAUCUGAGAUACGUCUCCGGAACGCAUUAUUCGUGUAACUCGGGGAAAUACUGUAUCCAAGAUAAGUCGUUCUGAGACAUCUAACGACUAAAGAUAUCUACACACCUUGAAUACAUCCAAAGACGAGAUAAUCAGCCUCUAACUGACUUCCUUGUUUCAAGAGGAUUAAAGAAGCAAACACCAAAGAUCUAGAUGAUUGUAUAAUAAACUGAAACAAUAUGCUACAAAAUUACUGGAACGAUCCUAUUUGACACGAAUCUAAAUUUAUACAUUGAUUUCAGACAAUCCUCCCAUUUACUCACACUGCGCACACUUUUCUCUUUAGACCUCUCUCCAGUGCGUAAGAAUCGGCUCCUGUUUGAAGUCUCUUGCAAGACGUCUUUAGUUUGAUGUUUCAUGUUUGAUAUUAAUCUCGUCUAUUGAUUUAAGCGCUACUGACGACAUUGUAAGGCGCACGAUCAAGCUCGUACAUCGGAACACUCGCAUGUAUAGAGUAGCGUCGUUUAAGGAUGCGUUUGGUUUGGUUUUGUUUUCUCUGCCCACCGUUCCCGGUUUUGCACAACCCUUCAUUAUUCUCUCGCAUUCAAAACAAACAUAAACACACUUCCCUAAACGCGAUCACUUGCUAUUCCAACAACACUUCCCGCACGGCGACCUAAGUAAGUUCCUCUUUCAUACAGAGUCCCCAAUAUCCUCUCGAGAGGGAAACCUCUUCGUAAAGCUUACUCUCUCCAAUCAGCCAAGUAUUUACUGUGUAUAAUGUUGUAAUGAAUUUCAUUGCACCUGCGUGGUGGUGUACGGGGUGGACAACUGCCGCACCGAGUCAUGGCAUGGCGUCUCGCGGUUCAGUCGCUCAGUCGGUAAAGUGGUAACUACACUACAAGCAACCAACAACACAACGUGACCGGCGUGCUUUCGACGUGCAGCAAUGGUAUGGAUGGGAACAGUGCAGCAGCCAGCGUCAGUCGGCGAGGAAGGUAGUGUCAAUAGGGUUCGACAAGGAGACACACCAAAUACGCCUUGUACGCCUUCGCAACAUCACCCCAAAUGGACGUUUUCACUGAAAAGAAAGGAUUCUAUGAUGAUGUGAGGGAACCAUUCAGACGAGGCAAUUUAAUAGUAAUGACAUGAGAAGCGCAUUGUUCCUUACCAGAAGAAGAAAAAAAACUUUGGACUCCUAUAUUCCAUUUGACAUUAGUCGUAUUAAGAACAGAGUUCAAAAUCUUUUCCUCUAGAAAGCAUUUUAAAAAUAUUAAAGCUAUCAAAACAAAUAUUAUAAGUUGAAGAUCGAACCAACGGAAUAACAAAUCAAAUCACACACGCUGGACAAUAAUAUCAAAAAAGAGAUGAAAAAAUUACAAACAAGCUUUUGAAACAAAUCAUUCAACUCACAGAACAAAACUGAAUACUCUUUAUUCCCCUUCCUGACCUAAAAGCACCAUUGUGUAGCUUUCUCAUCUAUUUAAACCCUUUAAAACUAGAAACCCUGUGUCUUUAAACCCUUAACAAGAAAAAAACAAGCGAAUGAGCCUCGUGUGACUAUCUCACUAACAUAAAACUUAAGAGCAUAAAGCAGGAACAACAACACGAACCAACAAAUCUCGCUUCUGCUUCAGCGUUCCAUUCAAGUCCAAGCCAAACUAAGAUUAAGAGCACUCUGAUGCUUACACGUAUUAAACGAAGCAAACUAAGCAACGCCAAGAUGAAUGCUCUUUGACACAGAAACAAAAUGCAACCGCCAUCAUUCGCUUCGCUUUCUCGUUGAAUCUGCGGCCGACCCUUAACUUUUGUCACCUUUUUUUCAUGUAAAAAGAUAAUGUGGUUUGAUUUCGUGUGAAUGUGUGCGUGAAACUGUGCACUCUAUCACCAUUAACAAGCCAAUAUUAAAUAAAUGAUAGAUGUAAACGAAAGAGAACACUUACCAGAGGUAAUUGCGCAUUAUGCAGUGUGUUAAAAUCAAUUGAACUAGAGAAUGUUGGAAAGGGUUAUGUAACAACUCAAAAGCAUUUCGAACGGGGGCAUAUGUUUUUUUUUAUUGUUUGUUUUAUCUUUUUCAUUUUGUUGAUAGGGUUAAAUUCAAAUAAUAAUUUCACACACAGCUCAGUUGAUCGAAAAACUAUUAUCUAAAUGUUUAUUUUGUUGGAACGAAAUUGAAACAAGAAUGCUGAACUAAUAAUAAUAAAUAACAAAACUCUUAAGCUAAAGUGUUCCAGGCGAAUAAUCGUUCAAAACACAAGAAAGCAGAAAAGGGAAAGUAAGCCAAUGAGCCCAAAAACAACAACCAAUGGAAUAGCGCGUACAUGUAUUUGGAUAUAUUGUAUUUUACUAUUAUGAUUAUUACUUAAUGAAUAAGCAAACGGACAAAAUAUAAUACUGUUGUUGAAAGCCCUGUAA